AUGUUCUACAACAUGUUCCUCGACGAGGACGUGCGCUCGAGCCUCUCCGAGUACGACGCGCUCUCCAUCAUUGAGUGGGACGUGCUCGUCGCCAGCGACAACUCCUUCGAGGAGCUUUACCACGCCGCGUUCCGGGUGAACGAAGAGUUCUGGGUGAAGGGAAGCAACCUCGAGGGCACCUCGUUCCAUUCGACCGCUGAGGCGUCGGAGAUGUGGCAGGUGCUCGGCCACAUCAACGGCAACGCCAUCUAUAACAACGACGACCCGGCGUUCGUCGAGUACGUGGAGUACACUCGGGCCCGCUGGGGAUACGAGCACCCGUACGACGUGGCGCUGUGGAUGACUAUCUCGGACUUCCCGUACAGCUGGCCUCUCUACCAGCGGUACUCGAGCAAGUUCGUCGUAACCAACCUGGUAGGCAACGUCGCCUCCUUCAGGGCCACCGCCGCCGCUGCCGUUGCCUUGAAAAAACCCGAGCCAGCGCAGCAGAGCAGCAGGAAGCUAACAAGCGUGCCGAAAUGGAAGAAAGCUGAGAAGUGGAGAAACGGCAACGACGACGGCACGCCCAAGUGGAAACGCAACCAGAAGUGGAAGAACAAGGACGGCGGCAGCGAGCCGAAGUGGCGGACCAACCAGAAGUGGAAGAACAGGAACGACUCUUCCGACGACUCGUCGUCUUCGGAUGAAAGCUGCUCGUCCCGCUGCGCUUACACAAGCAAGGACGGCACCAAGGGACGCGUGUGCGACUCGAACUGCUCCAGCCCGAACGUGUACGGCACGAAGGGAUGCAACGCAAAGCAGGGGAUCUACGGCGCCGACUGCCGUGUCUGCUACAACAGCGUGGACAAGGCCCUCAAGCAAGACUCUCCGGACAACCGUGCCAUCAUGUACGACGCAGUUGUUGUGUGCUCGACGGUGAUGCCGGUGGACGUCUACCAUCGUCGCAUGUCAGCCGCGGACGAGGGCGAGGCUUCCCGCGUGGCGCGUAGGCUGGCGGCGUUGAAGGAGGACGCAUCAUCGCCGGCGGAGGAGGUGGAAUUGGCGGUGAAGGUCGACCAGGACCGGAAGCUGACGAGUGUGCCAAGGUGGAAGGCGAAGGAAAAGUGGAGGACCGCGAACGAUGACGGCAUCCCCAAGUGGCAGCGCAACCAGAAGUGGAAGACGAAGAAGGAUGACGGCGGCGAGCCGAAGUGGCGGACCAACCAAAAGUGGAAGAACAAGAACGGCUCGUCUGACGACUCGUCGUCUUCCGACCCAGGGUGCUCGUCCCGCUGCACGUAUACAAGCAAGGACGGCACCAAAGGACGCGUGUGCGACUCGAACUGCUCCACGCCGAACGUUUACGGCACCAAGGGAUGCGGCGCGAAGCAGGGGAUUUACGGCGCCGACUGCCGUGUCUGCUACAACAACGUGGACAGGGCCCUCAAGCAAGACUCUCCGGACAACCGUGCCAUCAUGUGCUCGACCAUGAUGCCAGUAGACGUCUACGGCCGCCGCUUGUCUGCCAGCGAUGAGGGCGACCCUCUUCGCGUCGCCAAGAUGAUCGAAGCGGAGGAAGUCGGGGAUGAGUGGAGCGUCGACGUCGACAGAGUGAAGGCGAUCCGCUUCUUCGAGGAGGCGGCCGAACGACCGUUCUUCCAGGACCUGAAGCGCCACAACUUGUGCGCCUUCGUGGGUGGUCGGGUGGGCGAGGAGGCCAUGUGGGAGGUGACGGUGAAGAGCAUCCUGCAGUUCAUGCCGGGCAUGAGGGUGGCCAUCGCGGCUGAGUCAGAGGGACUUGACGCAUACGAGAGGUCCUUGGGCGGUCUUCCGGGUGCCGCCAUUUCCAGCACCCAAAACUCCGCCACGGCGGCCCUGUUCGCGGACCAGUACUGCGGGGCUGGCACCGCUCUUAUCUUGUACGUCGAGCCGGGGUCCGUUCUCUCCCGGCCCUUCACCUCCAAGGACACCCACUCCCCGCGGGGCGACCUCCUGGUCGUGCACACGGGCUCUCCGGGGAGCUACCACGACUCCCAGCUGAGGAGCCGCUCCGCUUCGGUGCUCGGGUUCGAUGCGCCGUCCUUUACGCACGGCACCGAUCUGAUGCUCCCAAUGGGCACUAACCAAGCCCUCCGGGAGUCUCUCGGGUUUCGACUUGGUGCCAGUCUGCAGCACGACGGGGACGGAGCCUCGUUGAUCGCCCUUGAGGAGUUGGUGGGCUUCGACCGAGUCUCCGCUCUUCCCCAGGUGCUUGCCGCGCUCGCCUACUCCCGCGAAACGCCCGGAGUGUGGUUUGUUGACCCCCAGGCUUGGGUCGGUCAAAACUUGUUCAAGGAGGCAUCCAUCUGGGACGUCCCUCUGGUCAAGCCGCGCUACAUGUGCGCCAUCGCUCCUGCUCAGCUGGAGCCUGGCAGCCCCAACACUGCCAAUGUUUUGCAAAGCAACCUCGACUUCUUCUCGAAGGGAGGCAAAUGCGCCAACGGUCUGAUUGAUAUCAUGCCUUAGCUGUCAACAUUUUCGCUUCUUGGUUCAGUUUUCUCUGUGGGCCAUGUUUCUCGUUGUUUUACUGCGGGCCGGCGCACCGUGGCUUGCUCGAGCUUGUUGUUGUGCUGGGGCCAAAACAUGUUGACGUCAUUGUAGUGUCGUGUUGUACUAUUCCCAAUUUUGAGACAGGCGACAAAUUUGUGUUGGUGGCGAGAACAGUUUUGCUGUUUUACAUGGAUGAACAUUUUAGCGUUCGGGGCGCAUGGAGGUUCGAGAUAUCUGUUGCUCGAGUGGGAACAACUGUCGGUUGUUUCCGCCAGCACAAACCCAACGUCGUGGGCCGUUCAUUUUUUCACGGGUGUGCGGCAGGAGGGCAGCUGCCCUUCUGGCAUCUAGCACUGGCGUUGGAAGCCAUAGCCGAAGAGACGAACGAUCCAUCACGGAGGGUCGUCACAGCAAGCAAGUUGUACAUAAAUACCGCUGUUUUCGAAUCUCUUGUUGCUAUCAUUCGUGAACCACGGUUGUGCAGACCCGCCUAUGGUGCUUAUGCUUCAAGAUGGUUGUUCCCGUUUUUUUGUUUUCCUGUGCUGAUAUCAUAAGGUUGUACGUUGCUACCCUGUGUUUGGACGAUGGUGACGUAUAUGCACCGUAGGUAGGUCGCGCAUGCUGUUAGCCUUAGGCAGGAGGGGCCCCCAAAGGUUUCUCCGAAAGGUUCACUAAAGUCUUCGCGUUGUGGCGCGUUUUGUUUGUUGCGGUCUCUCCCGACGAGGUCUCUGUUUUUGUCUUAGCCAUGUCGAAUCUGGUGUUCUACCGAGGAUUUCGGGUUGUGCCACUAGACUAGUCGUGUACCAACAGUUGUCUAUGUAUACCGGUGGGGGUAACGUCCGCUUGUUCGAAGUGACUAUGAGUUGAUUACAGUGAGUGGUUUUACCGUCCUGCCGCGUCGUUUUCAGCCGGUGACACGUAAUGCACUGGGGAAUGCCCCCGCCGGCAUGCAAUAGGGGACAGGUCUUGUGAAAGGUAAACUACGCGGGAAGCCUGUCCGGGGCGUUACUUGGGGCACUGCGUAGUUGGCUGUGUUAGGCCGAGAGACUGGAAAGAGGGUGGGAGGAGGAAACUUGAUUGGAGAGAGGCGGCGAUGGAGAGAGGGAGAAGGAAGUGCGCAGCACGCAUGCAAGGACUGCACGGGUGGUCCAACACACGAAAUUCCCAACACCUAUCCCCUUGGGAUCCUGACGACCAGAUACUGCUGCGACUAUGUCUAACAUUUGGUAACCUUGUUGACCCAAGCGGUCAAUCCAAUGAGGGCCUUGACAACGAUAUUUUGCUCGUCGGAAGUAUGUCGGAAUCGCCAGGGAGGUUGCUUUUUUUUCAUUGUUUUUUCGGGGAGGCGGUACGAGGAAAGUGUAACGGGAGGUCCCCUUGCUCCGGAAUGUUUCCUUUUUUUUGUGGUGAUGGUUUUGCCGUAUGCCUUGCAGUCACAACGCUUUUUUUUUUUUUCGGUUUCAUGCCGUUUUUUCGCGGGUGUAGGAAUGACGACGCGUGCCUAUGGAUGUGAGGGUGGGUGUAAGGUCAUACUUUCUUAUUUGCUGAGGCGUCUGUCAUGGUGGCGCCGCUGGUGAGGGUGGGGUGUGAUACAGUAUGUCGGGUAUAUCGAAAGGCGGGUUGGCAAGAAAAAUAAUAAAAAUAUUGUUGGCCAUUUUCCCUUGAUUUCAAUUGACUUGUAGCGGGUGUUCCUGGAACGUCCGUGAUGGGACAGGAUUGGACAGGAGCGAGACUUCAUUGAUUGCAUGCCGGUGAAGACGGAAGUGCGUCUCGAUCGUUCGUGAGUUUUUGGUGCGGUACAUGCAGGA